AUUUCUCCUGUAUGAAUGACUACAGAAUUCUGUACUUCCAUUAAAACAGCCUCAACUUACUUAGUUGAUGAGUACCAAUGGAAAGGGCCCUUCUACUUCAUCCAAGGAGCAGAUCCUCAGUUUGGACUGAUGAAAGCUUGGGCAGUUGGAGACACUAACAAUGGAGAUGAUGAAUGGGGAGAAGAAAUCAAAUUAGCAGAGCAAGCAGUGCAGGCCAUUAACAAACUAAACCCUAAACCCAAGUUCUUUGUGUUGUGUGGAGACCUUAUCCAUGGAAUGCCAGGAAGUCAGUGGAGGAAGGACCAAGAGCAGGAUUUAAAGAAUGUUCUGAAGAACACCAACCAGGACAUACCAUUGGUAUUUGUCAGUGGAAAUCAUGAUAUUGGCAAUACACCAACAAAAGAAACAAUAGAUAAUUAUUGCAAGAACUGGGGAGAUGACUACUUCAGCUUUUGGGUUGGAGGAGUUUUCUUUCUUGUGCUGAAUUCUCAGUUAUACUUCGAUUCUUCCAGAUGCCCUGAGUUAAAGCAAGCCCAGGAUGUGUGGCUCAAUGAGCAACUGGCUGUUGCUCAAAAACAUAAAUGCAAGCAUAUAAUAGUAUUUCAGCACAUCCCCCUGUUUCUGAAAAAACCUGAUGAAGCCCAUGACUAUUUCAACUUGGAAAAAUCAGUUCGUCAAGAGAUAAUGGAAAAGUUUCAUAAAGCAGGUAUUAAAGCUGUAUUUUCUGGACAUUACCAUAGGAAUGCUGGGGGAUCCUACAAAGGACUGGAAAUGGUGGUUUCAUCAGCAAUAGGAUGUCAGCUGGGAGAAGAUACACAUGGGCUUCGAGUGGUUGUAGUUACAGAUGAAAAGAUUGUUCAUAGAUACUACAGUUUAAAUGAACUGAGCAGCCAAGGCAUAGAGAAAGAGCUGCUAGAUAUGCUUGCUAAGCAAAAUUAGGCUCUGUCAAAUUAUGUAACUUUUUUUUCCAUAUUAGACAAAUAGAGUUUCAGAAAGUUUCCCCAAGGUGAAGAGAUUUCUGACUGUGUACCAUGCCCCAGAACAUCUCUCAAUUUGUUAUCAUCCUAAAUAACAGGAAAGGUGUUGACGUGUUUCUCCUUUUGAAAAUGAGACCUGUGAGGAAUAUGGAAGAAUAGCAGAACCAAUAUGAUAAUGUAUCAUUGAAAAGAACUGUUCUGACAAUUUUUACUUUACUCCUAGAUAAGACUUUCUUUUUAGAGAGAAGGUGUACCAAAGAGAAUUGAAGCUUCUAGAUAAUCCUUUAAGAGUAUUUUAAUUUUAUAUUUGAGAGGGUAUUUUGAAAUGAAUAAAUUUAGUAAUUUCUGUUACAUUCCAGACAAUAUAAAUACACAAAACAAUUUUUUACUUCGUAAAAACAAAUGUCAAAACCUCUGAAGUCAACAGACUCCCACUGACAUUUAGUAACCAUUGGAUCAGAUCUUGUUACCUACAGGUCAUAUUUUCUCCCAUUUCCUACACUUUUAUUUUCUUAGCUCUUCAGAGCCAGCAGCAGUGGGAGAGAAAACACAUUCUUUUUUUGCAGUCACAGUUCAAGUUUCUGUUAUAUCCUAGUUCUAUUUAAUGAAAAGUCUAUAAAUGAAGCUAAUAUAAAUGCCAGUGACAGAAACUAGGCAUGGAACAACUAUUUUCCUUUUGAAAGUUAACUACCAUUCAAUUAGCAUAUAUUCUUUCUAUAGCUUCAGAAUUUGGAAUAAUUGCAUGAGGCAAAUAUUCUGUACCAGAAUACUGUUACCAGAAGUCAGUUCGUUGGUUCCUAGACAAGGGGAGAGCUUUGAUUUCAAAUGCAAUUUAGGAGUGCCUUACUGUAAUAUUACACAAUAUUGAAUAUUGAAAACACUAAAAAGUGUGUUUUCUUCACUGCAAUAAAUCUUUAAAAUUAAAUUAUAUAAAACGGAGUUUGUGCUGCAAUCCAACUUUUUUUUUUUUUUUAGCAAGUAUAUCUGAUUUGUUUACUGUUAAAUAGAAGAAAAGUCUUCAUGUUCUUAACACAUACCUGUUUUUAUUUUUUAAAUAUUUUGUUUAACACAUUAUAAUCCAUGCCACAGGUUAUCUAGAAAUAGAGAUAGCGCAGCUUUAGCACCUGAAGAGGGAAGAACACAAUACUGGCUGAAAAAGCAAUUCAUUCCACCAAUUUGUAUGUAUGCUCACAUAGAUCACUGUUCCCUAGAGGAUAUUACAGAUAUUUAAAUAUGGUGAGAGAGAUGAAAUGAUGCUGUGCUGAAGAGUCAGUUUCAUUACGUUUUAGUCACAACAGUUUAUCUAGGAGGCUCCUGCAAGCUUGAUUUGUGGGACUUGUGAGAUUCUAAAAUUACCUGUGUAGCAUUUCCUUGCACCAGUGAAACAGCUGUACCUGCAGAUGGACAGGACAACAUCUGGACUACUGUCCCAUGACAGUAACCUAAGCGUAGAUAAUGUUUGAUUCAGGAGGGAAUUAUUUUGCCUUUAUACCCUGCCUGGUUUCUCUUAGUUGAAAGUUUUCACAGUCUCAUUUUCAAGGGAACAUCUGAGAAAU